CCACGGAGAGGAAUGGCAAAGCUGAGUUGGCCCUCCCCCCCCCACGGCACUGCUCACCACAGCGUUGCCGGCGGGCACCACGAGCAGGUUAGGGGGUUGGUUUGCCGGACACCACCGCAGCCACCACCACCAACCAUCACCACCACCACCACCACAACCCACCCACCCUCACCUCGAGUUAAUCAUUCUCCCCGCCGAGACCAUUUAAAGACAACGCAGUGAGCCCACUGGAAUGACCACAAACCAACCGCAGCGGCCUGGCCGAACACACGUUGACGACACACCGACAAUACAUUGGCCAUACAUUGACCAUACAUUGACUAUACAUUGACUAUACAUCGACCAUACAUUGACUACACAUUGACUACACAUUCACCACACAUUGACCAUACAUUGACCAUACAUUCACCACAGAUUCACCACACACACCGAGAAUACAUUGGCCACACGUUGACCAUACAUUGACCAUACAUUGACCACACACACCGACAAUACAUUGGCCAUACAUUGGCCAUACAUUGACCAUACAUUGACCAUACAUUCACCACACGUUGACGACACAUUGACCAUACAUUGACCAUACAUUGACCAUACAUUCACCACACAUUGACCAUACAUUGACCAUACAUUGACCACACAUCAACCAUACAUUGACUACACAUUGACCAUACAUUGACCACACAUUGACCACACAUUGACCAUACAUUGACCAUCCAUUGACCAUACAUUGACCAUACAUUGACCAUACAUUCACCACAGAUUCACCACACAUUGACCAUACAUUGACCAUACAUUGACCAUCCAUUGACCAUACAUUGACCAUACAUUGACCAUACAUUCACCACAGAUUCACCACACGUUGACCACACAUUGACCAUACAUUGACCAUACAUUGACCAUUCAUUGACCAUACAUUGACCAUACAUUGACCAUACAUUCACCACAGAUUCACCACACGUUGACCACACAUUGACCAUACAUUGACCAUACAUUGACCAUACAUUCACCACACAUUGGCCACACAUUGACCAUACAUUGACCACACACACCGACAAUACAUUGACCACACGUUGACCACACAUUGACCAUACAUUGACCACACAUUGACCAUACAUUGACCAUACAUUGACCACACACAUUGACCAUACAUUGACCAUACAUUGACCAUACAUUGACCAUACAUUGACUACACAUUGACCAUACAUUGACCGUACAUUGACCAUACCUUGACCACACACACCGACAAUACAUUGGCCAUACAUUGACCAUACAUUGACCAUACAUUCACCACACAUUGACCAUACAUUGACCAUACAUUGACCAUACAUUGACCAUACAUUCACCACACGUUGACCACACAUUGGCCACACGUUGACGAUACAUUGACCAUACAUUGACCAUACAUUGACGACACACCGACAAUACAUUGACCAUACAUUGACCAUACAUUCACCAUACAUUGACCACACAUUGACCAUACAUUGACCAUACAUUGACCAUACAUUGACUACACAUUGACCAUACAUUGACCAUACAUUGAAAACACACAUUGACCAUACAUUGACCAUACAUUGACCAUACAUUGACCACACAUUGACCAUACAUUGACCAUACAUUGACCACACAUUGACCAUACAUUGACUACACAUUGACCAUACAUUGACCAAACAUUGAUAACACAUUGACCAUACAUUGACCAAACAUUGACUUCACAUUGACCACACGUUGACCAUACAUUGACCAUACAUUGACCAUACAUUGACCACACAUUGACCAUACAUUGACCAUACAUUGACCAUACAUUGACUACACAUUGACCAUACAUUGACUACACAUUGACCAUACAUUGACCAUACAUUCACCACACAUUCACCACACAUUGACCAUACAUUGACCAUACAUUGACCAUACAUUGACCAUACAUUGACCAUACAUUGACCAUACAUUGGCCACACAUUGAUUACACAUUGACCAUACAUUGACCAUACAUUGACUACACAUUGACCAUACAUUGACCAUACAUUGACCAUACAUUGACCAUACAUUGACUACACAUUGACCAUACAUUGACCAUACAUUGACCAUACAUUCACCACACAUUGACCAUACAUUGACCAUACAUUGACCAAAGCGGUCUACCUUCCUUCGCCCGCCUCAUCGGCGAGCUCCCUUGUGCCGACAGCGAUGAACGCUCCCAGCGUAUCUGGCCUCGACCGCCACCACCACCACCACCACCGCCACCACCACCACCGCCACCACCGCCACCACCGCCACCACCUCCUCAUCCUCGCCGUCAUCGUCUGUGUCACCGACCGAGCUCUGCCCACGGCCUCAGGCCAGGAGGCGCAGGGCAGCCACUGCAGGUCUGAGCUGGACCACUUCAUUGUCGUGCCCGCGGUGAAAGGUCUGGACGGAGCCAAGGGCGACAGGGGGGAUCUGGGCCCCCCCGGAAAAGCGGAACCACAAGGUCCACCAGGACCGAAGGGCGAUGUGGGUGCAAGCGGACACUCGGGAGCUAAAGGGGACAAAGGAGACACGUGCGCCUGCGACGUGGCCGAGAAGCAGCUGACGGCGCUUCAGAAGCAGGUCGACAGCCUCAAGGCGAUCUUCGCCGUGACGGCGAGCAAAGACUCCGGCAAGGUGUACCGGCUGGCGCCGCCCAAGCUGCCGUACGCGGCCGCCCGCCGACACUGCCGGGGCUUGGGCGGCGAGCUGGCGACGCCUCGCUCCGCCGCCGACAACGAGUCGCUGAGCCUCAGCAUCCCCGCGGGCGAGGUCGCCUACGUCGGCGUCGACGACGCGGAACGCGAGGGCCACUUCGCCUACGCCGCUACCGCCGCCGGCGGCGGUGGCGGCGGAGGCGGUCCCCUCCCGGUCACCUACACCAACUGGAAGCAAGGGGAGCCCAACAACGCGGGCGGCGACGAGGACUGCGUCGUCGUCGGCGCCGCUGGGGCCAACGGGGGCAAGUGGAACGACGUCCCCUGCACCCGCCUGUACCACUUCGUCUGCGAGAUGCCGCUCUGA